AUGGAAGAUCACAUAGAUGAGGCUGGCUCUAACAAUAGACUGUACAAGCGCAGUGCAAUGCGGGCUCAAGAUCAGAUCAGAGGAAAUGGUGGAUCUCUUAUUGAUCAAGCAGCCCAUAGUCCAGACUCAGCUAUUGCAGCAUACAUGGCAGGGAUGUUUGUAAAACGCAACGGCGUAGAACGAUCGCCGUAUAUCAAUUAUCGCUUGUCGCAAGGAUUUCGUGCACAGGAAAUGGACUCGCACAGAUUGACACAUGCCCAAAAGGUUAAGUUAGGAUUGGAAGGCGAAUAUAGGAACUUCAUCAGAAUCAGAAAGAAGCGUAACUUUGUCACGGGAGAUCAGUCGCUUUGGCCACAAGGAAUAGUCCCAUACACGAAGUCAACAAAUUUAGCAUCCUCCACGACUGCAGUGAUAGACUCUGCGAUCAGUAUGAUGAGUAAUCUAACCUGUGUUCGCUUCACACCCUUAGGAUCCUCCCUGGCGAAUACCUUAAGCCACAGUAAUUACGUCAACUUCCUGUCUGCUUCUGGUUGUUGGUCCUAUGUCGGUAUGAUUAACUGGGGCCGCCAAGAUCUUAGCCUCCAGGAAUUUCAGUGUGUAAACAUUGGUACCGCUAUACACGAAAUGUGUCAUGCUUUAGGUAUGUGGCACGAACAGAACAGGAAGGACCGGGAUCCCUAUAUUGAGAUCUACUAUGACAACAUACAAGAUGGUACAAACAACGUCAACUUUCGCAGGUCCGAUACCAGAGAUCAGAACCCGUAUGACAUGUCAUCCAUUUUACAGUAUUACCUGAGUGCCUUUGCAAUAGACACAAGUAGACCGACCAUGCGUUCCAAAGAUCCAAAAUUGGCCUUUCUUGCUGGCAAAGCAAAUGGUUUGAUGUAUUACGAUGUCAAAGAUAUCACAGCUGCAUACAAAUGCACAGAAUCCUGUAGUAAUCCGCCGGUGUGUGAGAAUGGCGGAUUCCUAAAUCACAAGUGUGGUUGUUACUGUCCAUCUGGUCUAAUAGGAUCAACGUGUAACACAGUACAGUCUACUUCCGGUUGUGGAGGUAUAAUUACCCUAUCAUCUGGCGGAGAGCAAACGAUCAAAUCGCCAAACUAUCCCAAUAAUUACGAAACCGGUGCUGAUUGUGUGUGGCUUGUCAAGGCUCCCUCAGGUGAACACGUGGAGAUGACAAUUGACUUCAUGGAUUUGGCAGAUAAUGGAUUUGAUGCUUGUUAUCACUGGUUAGAGGUCCGAUACAACUUAUUAGGGCAAAGUGGACCAGAAUUGUGUGGAAUACGCAACGCCGAGAAUUACUAUUCAACACCCGAUGAGUUGGAGAACGAAAUGUUAAUCAAGUUUAAUAGUGCAGUAGCAAGCGAUAGAACUCCGAGAAAGGGAUUCCAACUGACGGUCAGAAGCAUUGGCACGUCUUGUAUCGACUCCCCCUGCAAAUUCGGUAAAUGUGUGAAUAACGGUGCGUCGUACUCCUGCCAGUGUAGUAAUGGAUUUAGCGGUACCAACUGUAACGAAAUAGCUGAUGGGUCCGUAAGUCUUCAUGCAACAUUCGAUGAUCCCGGUGUGACUUUUGUACAAAAUGUACAGUCAGAUCAGUUUGAGUGGAGCGUCGCCUCUGGACCGACAGCGUCCGGUUCUACGGGACCACAAGAAGCCCAAUCCGGACUGUAUUACAUGUAUAUAGAAGCGUCAUCACCGCGAUCAGCAGGAGAAACAGCUGUCAUGAGUACAUCUAUUAUUGAUUUCUUAAUAGCUAUCUUGAGAUGCCUUAAAUUCUAUUUCCACAUGUAUGGAUCAACAGUAGGAACACUAAAUGUAUAUUAUCAAGGAACAAAUACACCAAAGACAUUAGCAUUUUCCAAAUCUGGAGACCAGGGAAAUACCUGGCAUUACACUGAAAUUGAUAUUCCUGCAAUCGCAAACUUAGAGAUUAUGUUCGAGGGAGUUCGGGGAGAUUCAUGGGCAGGUGACAUUGCAAUCGACACGAUUGACCUCCUUAACACUAUUUGUGGAGCAACAACCUCAUCUUCAACCACCACCACUACAACUCCAACCACCACAACUUCAAUUCCAACCACCACCACCACUACCAUUCCAACUACCACGACUACAACUCCAACAACCACUACAACCCCAGCGACCACCACUACAACUCCAACCACCACAACUUCAAUUUCAACCACCACUACCAUUCCAACUACCACCACUACAACUCCAACAACAACUACUACAGCCCCAGCAACCACCACUACAACUCUAAUAACAACCACCACCACAUCUCCCACAACUACAACUCCAAUGACAACUACCACUACAAAUCCCACAACCACUACUACCAUUCCAUCAACUACUAGUACAACCCCGGCGACCACCACUACAACUCCACUGACAACCACCACCACAUCUCCCACAACUACAACUCCAAUGAAAACAUCUACUACAAAUCCCACAACCACUACUACCAUUCCAUCAACUACUAGUACAACCCCGGCGACCACCACUACAACUCCACUGACAACCACCUCCACAUCUCCCACAACUACAACUCCAAUGACAACAUCCACUACAAAUCCUACAACUACCAGUACCAUCCCGCCGGCUACCACUACAACUCCAAUAACGACCACCACCACAUCUCCCACAACUACAACUCCAAUGACAACUACCACUGUAAAUCCCACAACCACUACUACCAUUCCAUCAACUACUAGUACAACCCCGGCGACCACCACUACAACUCCAAUGACAACAUCCACUAUAAAUCCUACAACUACCAGUACCACCCCGCCGACUACCACUACAACUCCAAUAACGACCACCACCACAUCUCCCACAACUCCAAUGACAACUACCACUGUAAAUCCCACAACCACUACUACCAUUCCAUCAACUACUAGUACAACCCCAGCGACCACCACUAUAACUCCACUGACAACCACCACCACAUCUCCCACAACUACAACCCCAAUGACAACUACCAGUACAAAUCCUACAACCACUACUACCAUUCCAUCAACUACUAGUACAACCCCGGCGACCACCACUACAACUCCAAUGACAACCACCACCACAUCUCCCACAACUACAACCCCAAUGACAACUACCAGUACAAAUCCUACAACCACUACUACCAUUCCAUCAACUACUAGUACAACCCCGGCGACCACCACUACAACUCCAAUGACAACCACCACCACAUCUCCCACAACUACAACUCCAAUGACAACUUCCACUCCAAAUCCUACAACUACCAGUACCAUCCCGCCGACUACCACUACAACUCCAAUAACGACCACCACCACAUCUCCCACAACUCCAAUGACAACUACCACUGUAAAUCCCACAACCACUACUACCAUUCCAUCAACUACUAAUACAACCCCAGCGACCACCACUACAACUCCAAUAACGACCACCACUACAAUUCCAGCUACCACCACUACUAUUCCAGCAACAACCACUACAACACCAGCGUCCACCACUACAACUCCAAUGACAACCACUACAACUCCAUCAUUAACCACCCUCACAACAACCACUACCAGUGCAACCACUACUACGUCAUCAACAACAACAUCCACUGGUACAACGACGAUUGCGAUUCCAACAACAGUAGAAGUGUUAACGGGCCCAACACCCUCCUCCAGAACUGGACCCAGUACCGCCCGACAAGGUGUAAGAUAUGCCUAUAUUGAGGCAUCCAGCCCGCGAGCAGUCGGGAAUAGGGCAGUCAUUCGAACGACUAAUACAUUCAGAGCCACAACGCAGUGCCUUAGUUUUUAUUACCAUAUGUACGGCUCGUCAAACGGCAUGGGAACUUUGAAUGUUUAUUACUCCAGUAGCUCUGGUCACGUCCAAUCAAUCUUCACAAAGGCUGGAAAUCAAGGCGACCAGUGGAUCCUAACCGCCGUGGAGAUACCACCUACAAAUGGACUAGUGAUCUACAUUGAGGGGAUAAGAGGAAGAAGCUACAAGAGCGACAUUGCUAUAGACGCUGUGACGGUUAGCGAAGGAAACUGCGGCUGUAUUGUCAAUCCUUGUCGGAAUGGGGGAACGUGUUUAAGUAGCGGAGGAGGGUAUAGCUGUACCUGCGCCUCAGGAUAUGGAGGUACCAACUGUGAAACUAUAGGUAUGUACAUUCCAGUUAUCUAAAUAAAUGUCACAAUCCUAGCAGUGAAAGGAAGAUGGCGUCAGCUUGGAGUUCUAGAAACGCAUUUUUAUACACCCGUCAUUAGAUUAUGUUAUGGUGCUGUCCGUGCGUCUGUCUGGUUGGCUGGCUGGCUGUCCGUCCGUCCUGGGUCAUAUUUUCCGGACUUUUUUCUGCAACGGAUGCAUGUACAACUUUGAAAUUUGGUCACAAUAUCUCCCUUAAGAAUUGUAAGAGUGGGUUUACAUUUCAGCUGGAUUGGUCCAUCCUUGACCUACUCUAGGGCUAUAAGUAGGUCAAACAGUUUUCCGGGCUUUUUUUUUCUUCGUUAAAGAUACAGAUGUUGUCCUGAAAUUUAUACAUAAGCUUCCUUUCAGAGGAAUACAAGUUUUGUUUGCAUUUCAGCUGGAUUGGUCCAUCCGUCCGUGACCUUCAUUAGGACUAAUAGUAGGUCAAAAAGUUUCGGGGAUUUUUUCAUUAUGGAUACAGAUAUUGCCCUGAAAUUUAGUGAAAGGCUUCCUCUUGGAGGAAUACAAGUUCAGUUUGCAUUUCAGCUGGAUUGGUCCAUCCAUGACCUACUUUUCAGCUAAAAAUAGGUCCAAAAGGUUGUGUGUUUUUAGCUCUUCUGAGCCAAAGGCUCAAAGAGCUAAUGCUAUGGCCAUUUGUGCGGUGUGCGGUGUGCGUAAACUUUUUAGAAAAAGGGCUAUAACUCAAGAACCUCUUGACCAAUUUUUUUCAAAUUUGUUACAGGGUAUCAUUGGCCCAAGGGCUUUCAUACAUACUAAAUAGAGGGAUGUGACCCUUUAACAAGGGGAGAUAAUCAGGAAAAUACAAACAAAAGUAGUGGUUGCUAAAAAAUCUUCUUCUCAAGAACCACUGGGCAGAUUAUCACCAAACUUACACAUAAGGAUGAAGAUAUGUUGUAGAUUAAAAAUUGUUCAAGGCAUUACCCUGGGGCAAAGGGCGUGGUCUCAAGGUCACUUCAAAGUUGACCUAAAUUUAUAUUUCCUUAAAUCUUUGAUAUUUUAGUCAUUAUAAGGACUAGGAUCAUCAAAUUUUGACAGUUGAUGCAUCUUAGGACCUUGUGUCAAGUUGUCUCAAAAGUAGGUCACGGUGACCUACUUUUUGAAUUUUGCAGGUAUUUAUUUUAAAAUUAAUUUUGAUGCAUAUCUUGGACACUUUGAAGCCUAUGAUCAUCAAAACUUGUCAGUUGGUGGAUCAUGGGACCUUAAAAUGCGUCAACUGAAAAAUAG